CACUUCCUGCUUGUCGCGCAGCAGUUUUGGUUUAUUUCGUCUGCGGUCGACAUGUUCUAAAGUUCAUCAUGUGAUUUGCGUGAAGGACAAAGAGCAUUUAAAAAGACGAGUCGAGGGGCCGUGAACGCAUCUCUCUUCGUGCUGUUGUCUGUCCUCCUCCAGCUUCACGUCGACCUGCAGAACCACAGAAUGCAUCUGGCAGUGCUUCUCCUCGCCUCGGCGCUCCCUCUGACCACCUUGGCCCUGGACAACGGUCUGAUGCUGACCCCCCCCAUGGGCUGGUUGGCUUGGGAACGGUUCCGCUGCGAUAUUGACUGUGACAAUGACCCCAAGAACUGCAUCAGUGAGAAUCUGUUCAUCGACAUGGCCGACAGACUCUUCCACGACGGCUGGAAGGAGCUUGGCUACGUCUAUGUGAACAUAGAUGACUGCUGGGCGUCCAUGGAGAGAGACAAGCAGGGUCGGCUGCAGGCGGACCCAAAGAGAUUCCCAGGAGGCAUCCUUAAGCUGUCACGCUACAUGCACGACAGAGGACUCAAGCUGGGGAUCUACGCGGACAUGGGCACGCACACCUGCGGGGGCUACCCUGGCACCCCACUGGACAAGAUCAAGAUCGAUGCUCAGACCUUCGCAGACUGGGAGGUGGACAUGUUGAAAUUUGAUGGCUGUUAUUCUGAUGUCAUGCAGCAGGAGCAGGGUUACCCUCUUAUGUCAAUGGCUUUAAAUGCGACAGGCCGCCCCAUUGCCUACUCCUGCAGCUGGCCCGCCUACCAGGGAGGCCUGCCACCGAAGGUGAAUUACACUCAGUUGGGCGAGAUCUGCAACCUGUGGCGUAACUAUGGCGACAUCCAGGAUUCUUGGGACAGCGUCCUGCGGAUUGUUGACUGGUUCUUCGAGAACCAGGAUAUCCUGUCACCUUCAGCGGGACCAGGAAGGUGGAACGACCCUGACAUGCUGGUUAUUGGAGACUUUGGCCUCAGCAUUGACCAGUCCCGCUCUCAGAUGGCUCUGUGGGCGAUUAUGGCCGCUCCUCUUUACAUGUCCAAUGACCUGCGCACCAUCAGCGACCAGGCCCGCGUUAUCCUACAGAACAAAAUGGCCAUCAGCAUCAGCCAGGACGUCUUGGGCGUUCAGGGAAGACGAAUUGUAAAGGAGAAAAGUGGCAUUCAGGUGUUUUGGCGCCCCCUGUCCAAAAAUGCCAGUGCCUUGGUGUUCUUCAGUCGUCGGACAGACAUGCCCUUCCGCUACAAGACUUCCCUCAGCAAACUCAACUACGCAAGUGGCAGCUACAAGGUCAUCGAUGUGUUCACUAACAAGUCUGCGACGCUGAAAGACUCCACUGACUUUGUGGUGUCGGUGAACCCCACAGGUGUGGUUAUGUGGUACGUCUCAGCACCUGCCAAACUGAAUCCACGCCUAUUCUACAGAGGUGGCCAACGCCAGAGAUCUGCCCAUGAUCUAAACACUAUCUUCCUCUGACCGCUCACUUUCUGAACGUCAUCAGUGAACAAUCAUGUCACAGUUUCCUCUUGCUUUCACCUUCUCUGUGAAGCCCAAUGACUUGAGAGGUUGUGUUUAAAGGACACAUGUGGAGUGUUUCUGUGCCUCAGAACAUACAGUAUGAGCCUAACUGAAUCCUUAACUUUCAAAUAAAGGAAGGAUGAUGACGGUCAUACUGGUUUUUUAGAAGAAUGUUUACAUUUAAUUGUCUCUUUUUCUUUUUGGAGAAAAAUAAUUUCGAUUCUGUCAAAAUCCUUAUUGUAUCCUUAUCCUCCCUGCUCUGAUUUUAAUGAAGAAUUAAAAUGAUUUUAAUAAGAAA